AUGGCGUCCCGCAGACUAGCUUUGAAUCUCUCGCAGGGCCUGAGAACCCGUGCUGGUCUGUCGGCCGCCAGUGCCCUGCGACGCGGCUUCGCGACUCCCUCUUCCCUUGGCAAAACUCAGACGACGACACUGAAGAAUGGGCUGACGGUCGCCACCGAGCACUCACCAUGGGCGCAAACGUCGACGGUCGGCAUGUGGAUUGACGCCGGCUCGCGAGCCGAGACGGACGAGACCAACGGCACCGCCCACUUCCUCGAGCACCUGGCUUUCAAGGGCACCGCGAAGCGAUCGCAGCAGCAAUUGGAGUUGGAGAUUGAGAACAUGGGCGGCCACCUCAACGCCUACACCUCGCGCGAAAACACCGUCUACUUCGCCAAGGCCUUCAACUCCGACGUCCCACAGUGUGUCGACAUCCUGUCCGAUAUUCUUCAGAACUCGAAGCUCGAGGAGUCUGCCAUCGAGCGUGAGCGCGAUGUCAUCCUACGCGAGUCCGAGGAGGUCGAGAAGCAGGUGGAGGAGGUCGUCUUCGACCAUCUCCACGCCACUGCCUUCCAGCACCAGCCUCUGGGCCGUACCAUCCUCGGUCCUCGCCAGAACAUCCGCGACAUUACGCGAACGGAGCUCACCAACUACAUCAAGACCAACUACACUGCCGACCGCAUGGUUCUCGUCGGCGCCGGCGGCAUCCCCCACGAGAAGCUCGUCGAACUGGCCGAGAAGCACUUUUCUGGCCUCCCCAGCAAGGGCCCCGAGAACCAGGCCUACCUUCUGUCGAAGCAGAAGGCCGACUUCAUCGGCUCCGACGUCCGUGUUCGUGACGACACCAUGGGCACCGCCAACGUUGCCCUCGCCGUCGAGGGUGUCAGCUGGAACUCGGAGGAUUACUUCACCGCGCUGGUUACCCAGGCGAUCGUCGGAAACUACGACAAGGCCAUGGGCAACGCUCCUCACCAGGGCAGCAAGCUCAGCGGCUUCGUCCACAAGCACGACCUUGCCAACAGCUUCAUGAGCUUCUCCACCAGCUACAGCGACACUGGUCUGUGGGGUGUCUACCUCGUCACCGACAACGUCACCCGGCUCGACGACCUCGUCCACUUCACCAUUCGCGAGUGGAUGCGUCUCUGCACCAACGUCGGCGAGGCCGAGGUCGAGCGCGCCAAGGCUCAACUGAAGGCUUCCAUCCUCCUUUCUCUGGAUGGCACCACUGCCGUUGCCGAAGACAUUGGCCGCCAGCUCAUCACCACCGGCCGCCGCAUGAUGCCUGGCGAGAUCGAGCGCAAGAUCGACGCCAUCGCUGCCAAGGACGUCAUGGACUUUGCCAACCGAAAGCUCUGGGACAAGGACAUCGCCAUCAGCGCUGUUGGUAAGAUUGAGGGACUGUUUGAUUACCAGAGGUUGAGGAACACCAUGAAGCCCAAAUUUUAA